AAACCUAUGGAUAGAACAUAUUUUAAAAAUACGUAAACAAACAUUGAUUAUCGACACAUCUAUAAUUUAAAAUUUUUGUUUAAAAUUUAUUUUUAUUUAAAAAAACAAAAAUGGGUUUAGCAUCAAAAGAAGCGUGGAUGUCGCUAUUUACUGAACCAGUAGCUAGUACAUGGACAACUGAAAUACCAGAACUUCGAAAAAUUGCUAUGAUUAUCACAGCGUAUCAGCAAGAAUUAAACCGUCUUAAAUAUAUAGCAAAUGGACAACUACAUCAAUUGGAAAUGGAAUUUAAGAAAAUUGAAGAAUACAAGAAGAAGACUUCUCUCAAAAGCAUGUCAGAUCAGCAAUUUAUUCCUGAGGGCAAUAUUAAAUUUUUUGAUUUUAACAAUGACAGGAUUCCUUAUGAGUGCAAAGAAAACUUGGAUCCUAAUAGAACAAAAACUAUUUGCAUGGUAGAGAGUAAAGAUUUGCAGAGUCCUGAUAUUUUCAAUGUGGAUAGCGAUAAUGAAGAUUUUAAUUUUUUUAAAAUGCAGAUAGAUGAUAAAGAAAUAGGUAGUUUAGAGAGUUCUUCAGAAACACCAGUAUCAGGAAGUGUAAGUCCUAAAAUCAACAAAAGUGCAAAGCAACUAAUUCGUGCUAAAAUUCCUAAACUGAGAGGUCCAAACACUGCAAAAAACACUAGUCAGUCAUUACUAGAUAUGCCAAAAGAAGCAAAGAACUUUUUCUCUGGAUAUGAUGACUACCAAAAUUACAUAAAUGAUUCUUCAUUUCCAAAAAUCACAAUUAACAUGGAUUUAGAAGGAAAAAAGCUAAAUACUGCAGAUAAUUCAAUUAUUGAUGGCACACCUGAUAUAAAUGCAAGUUUAAGAAGAACUAAAAGACUCAAAUCCAACACUCUAUCUACUCAUUUGUUGACAAAAAAUAAACAGAACAAUAAAACUUUGAAAAAGAUUACUUUAACACAAAUGUUCAAGGACACAAUGGAGGGUGAUGAAUCAUUCAAAUUCUGUGAAAAAAAUAUCCAGUCAACUGAAAAGGUAAAAAAUGAUGAAACUAAUAUUAGCAAAGGUGUAGAAAUGAAAGAGCAAAGUAAUAAAGAUCAAUAUGCAUCUUUCAUUGAGGAUUAUAUGAGAAUACCGUUUAAAAAGUCACCAAGUCCAAAACAUGCUUACCAAAUGGAAACAGUGAGAGGCAAGGCAAGACAGAACUUGAAAGGUUGGUCAUGUAAGGACUGUAAAAAGUAUUAUGAGGCAUUAGAUCUGCCAGAGGAAGAAUUAAAGGAAAAAAUGAAUAAAUGUUCAAGGCACAGGAGUAAAUUUAAACCUAUGAAUGACACUCCAGUUGGGUAUUGGGAUCUCACUUUUCCACCUACACAGCCUACCAUGUAAUAAAACAAAUGUAUAAUAACCAAUUGUGAUUGUAGAAUUUCUGAUGAAUAAUGUUUUGUUACCAUACAAAUCCUGCAUAUAUUUAA